AUGGAUGAAGGAGGAAACGCACCAGAUCUUCAAUCUAUCCUUGCCACACUAGCCCAGCAUGCUUCGAGUGCAUCAAGUCUCGCAUCGAUAGAUCCUCACCAUGUGUUAUCGCCAACGCCUCCAAUACCAAGAUGUGAGACCCAAGAACCAACCUCCAAAGACUCGCGCAAUGCUACCCACGAUCCUCGCAUGAAAGCCGGUGUGAAACCGCUGGGGCAGCCAGCCCAGACUUCUUCAAAGCCCAUGAUAGAUCCAUCCACGAUUACGACAUGGCAAGAUGCUUUGCGCUGCGUCACCAAGAUUGCUGCACAAAAUGCCCAGUUUGCCGCAACCAUCAACAAGAUGAUGAAAGAGCAGAGAGCUCACGAGAUGCGCUGGUAUACUGAAAGGCAGAAUCUGAAGCAGACCCAGGCCAAUCGAUCAUUAUCCGCGGCUAAGGCGCAGUCAAUCUUGAAGUCUCUGAACCCCAGCUUCUCUGGAUCGUCUGCGUCUGCUGAUCAAGCUGGGGUGGACUCGGGUGCAGAGCUCGUUGCGUUCGAUCGUAAGAUUUAUGCUGCCCAGCAAGAUAUGGAGAUUGCCAUGUCGGUCGAAUUGAAGUCUCUCGGCGUGCCGUUUUUUGGGACUGAUAAGACGCUCGUCGUUCCUGAUGGAACACAAACUUCUGAAGUGCAAGUCCCUGACGAUCAUCCUAAGUGGAGCCCGAUUGUGACCGAGAGUGAUUUAUUGGCCCUCAGGAGGAAGAUGGUACAGUAUCUGGAGGAUUUGUAUCGGGAGUGA